CGAGCAAGCGACGACUCCGGUUCUCCCUCGUGCGCUCAACGCAAGGGCCAGCGGAAGAGAGCGAGCGCCAGCAUCCCACUGCGUGCAACUAUUGCAUCGUUUGUCCGCGGCGGAUACAUAUACAAAUAUCUGUACACACUCACAUGCUGUACUCGUGGCCAGCGUCGACGUCGCCGGGCUAUUGGGAGCGCUGACGGCGCCGGUGGUUGACCACGCACCGACGACGCCGACUGCUGCGUCGCCAUGCCGUUCAGCAUCCGGCGGCUGACGCUGCAGCGCAGCCUGUCGGGCGGCGAGCGGCCUAAGAGCGAACCACCGGGCCGGGCUGCCAUCAAGAAGUCCGCCUCGCAGGACGAGGCCCGCGCAGCCAGGGCGCUCCCCUCGUCGCGAUCCGCCGACCAGGGGGACCUCAGGCGGCUGCAGGCGCUCGGCCAGGCGCCUUCCCCAGUACAGGGAUCGCCGCUGCAACACCACGAGCCGGCUCAGCCGCAGCAGCAGCCUCCCGAGCCGCCUGCCCGCAACUGGUCCCCGCAAAUGACAUCGGGCGGCGGCCGCUACCCGACGCGGGCCGUGAGUGUGGACCGAGCCACCUCGUCGUCUUCGUCUCUGCUGUCCCGGUGGCGGCAGGUGGGUCGAUCCAAGAGCGCCAGCAUCUCCGAGCCCCGCGAGUACCCCCUAGACGACGGCAACGCCAAGCCCACGCCGCCGCCGCGACCUCCUCGGUCGGCCGCAUCCAGGCUGUCCGCAGCGGGCAGCAAAGGACCGGCUGACUGGUCAGGCGGUGGCGGUGGCGGCGUGGUCGCCGGCCACACCGUGCGCAGGCCCGUGCCCAGGAGGCAGCACUCGCUGCCGGAGACGCAGGAGCAGCAGCUACAGAGAUCCAUCAUGGAGCUGCAGAGCCACCUGGGCGCGCCCGUGGGCGGCGGUGGCGGCGGGCGCAUGGUGGGCCCACCGAUGUACCAGCCGCCGGCGAGCGUGUACGACGAGGACCCGGGCAUCAUGUCCGAGGUGGAGACCUCGGCCACGGGCCUGCGCAGGGCCACCAAGGCCCGCGCCAGCCUGCCCGUCGUCCGCACGCCGUCCAAGACACAGGAGCGGCCACUCGCAAGGAUGACGCUCGUCAAGCCUGGCGAGCUUGGCGACUGGCAGGAUGGCAAAGGAAAUCGGUACAAGGAAGACUACAGGACUUCGAUGUCGCCCUCCGGAGGCGUCUACGUCAACAAUGAGCUGGCAUCUCGGGCGGCCAUGAUGACAUCGCUAGGCCUGGUUUUCCUUCAGUACCGGAGCGAGACGAAGCGGGCUUUGCUGCCGAACGAGAUCACGUCGAUCGACACGGUGAAGGCGCUGUUCGUGCGUUCCUUCCCGAAGCAGCUCACCAUGGAGUAUCUCGACUCGCCGCACAUUCGCAUCUACAUUCACGACCCCUCCAAGGACAUGUUUUACGAGCUCGAGGACCUCAGGGACAUCCGAGAUCGAUCAGUGAUACGCAUAUACGAGCAAGAUGUCAACGACGGGGGUGUCUACAGCACGUACGACCAGGACAUGAGCUACUUUUCGGAGCCAGAAUUCGACUCGGAAUACCAGAACCAGCACAUACACAGGGCAAAGGCGGGAAAGUCUCAAGGAGCGGGUUAUUACGGAGUGCCAGCCUACCCACCACCAGGCCGGACACAGACACUUCCGCACGGCGCCACCAUCCGGCCCUUCUCGCCCGCACCACAGGAGAGGCCCAAGCCGAGCCCAGGCUACUCGCAAACCCUUCCCCGAGGAAUGACCUACUCGUCGGUGGCGCUGAGUCCGGAAAAGAGGCAGCCUGGACUGCUCGUGACCGCCGCCGGCCCGCCAGGAGUGGCGCCGGCCAAGCCGCAGCGGUUCUACGGACAGCCACCGCCGCCCCUGCAGGUCGCCUCCCCCCUCACCUCCCCGAGGUCCCCUCUGCCGAGGCCAGUGCCCCCACCGCCGCGCGCUCUGUCUCCGGACCGGGGCGGUGGCCUGCUGGCCGAGGCGGGCUACCCGCCGGUGGUGGGUGCGCCGUUCCCGGCGGGCGGAGUGCCAACGGGCCCGUACCCGCCACCCACGUCCCCUCGCCGCUACGAUCUGGCCGGCUACCCUCCGGCCGACGACCGGGGUCGUGGUGAUCCGGGAUACUCGCCCGAGCGCCGGCUCGACCACACGCGCUCUUUGCCGGCGACAUUCAACUCAGCCUACGAGGAGCCCUUUUACGGCGGGGAUGCCGCCGCCGCUUACGGCUCGCGCUCGGGCAGCGCCACGCCCAUCAUCGACGAAGAAGCCCGAAUGCGUGUGGAGUAUAUGGAACGCCAGCUUGCAAGUCUGACUGGGCUGGUGCACAAGGCCCUGGCUGCAGGAACUUCUCCACGGCAGCCGAGCCACCUGAUCCCUACCAGGGACACGGACGUGGCUCCCGAGAAGGACAGGUCGGAUGACGUUCGGCUGCCAGAAUAUGAUGUGCAGAAGCACCCCUUCAAAGAGGAGAAGUCAGUGUCGUUCUCAGACGAGACCCUGGAUUGCCACAAACAAAGGCAGCACUCGCCACAACCAGCAGCAGAGAAACCGACGAAGCCUGCAAUCAAGGGCAUGCGAUCACACUCGAUAUCAGAUGACUACUCUGGAGUGACGUCUGCAAUUCCAGACAAAGAUGGUCGGCCUUCAAAGCCAGCUCCGCCACCCAAGCCGGCCUCUCUGAGUUGUGCUCUUGAGUCACGACAGCAUUCCUCAUCUCCAGCAAAAGAAAUUCAUUUCUCCGUGGAAGCGUGCUCCCAGCUGCAGCUCCUGAGAAAGCAGACCAAGGACCUGCGGUUAGAAGUACGCAACCUGCGGCGGAUGACACAGACUCAAGCUGUCACUGCCAGGGAAAUGAUUCGGGAGACAUGCCUCAAAAUCAAGGUGAUGCUGGCUGCUGUUCAAGUGGGUGAAGACCAGGUUUGUGCAGAACGACUUCGGGUUUCCAGGGAAGAAGACCUCUACAGACAAGAUGUCACACGGCUGGAGAAAGACCUGUCUGACUUGGAGAGUCAAGUAGAGGAGCUCAGGGGCAACGUGAUCAAUCGAAGAUGCCGAGUAAACAUGAGCAACGUGGAAAGCAUGGCUCUAGUUCUCAGCAGGGCCAGCAAAACAGUAGCAGACCUGAAAGCGCGGUUUCCAAAUCUACAAGAAAGCUUGAAAUCAGUCAUGGGAGCAGAAAUGGAAGUUGUUGUUCGAGAAGAAAAGUUUCUCAAGGAAGAGCCGGAAAGACUAGAAAAUGCACUUAGGAGGUGCAAGAAGCUUACCGGAACACUAGUCACAUUAAAAAGGUUGGCAUCAGUUCAAGAGCAGAGGCACACUGGAGCUCACACGCUCCCCGAGAAAGCAGCAUCAGCGGACGGGCCAUAUUCCGACGGCGAGGCACACACUGCUCGGUCAAGCAGGCAGGCUUGGAAGUGGAGUUCUAAUUUCCGGGAGAAAAUAGACCUGUGGAGAGGGUACUCCACACUGGGAUGGUCGGAUAAGACCUGCGACGCGACGGCUGAGCCGGCCGGCGGCGCAGCAAGCGACAGCAGCAAGGGCAGCCCUGCAGCGCGCUCGGAGAACGCCCUGGACGCGCUGCUGGACGAGCUGCAGACCUUCUCCAAGCCGGCGGACAAGCGCGGCGGCCGGCCGCUGUCGGCAGACUCGCCCGUGAGGGCCUCUUCUUCUUCUGCGUCUGUGGGAAGCGCCAAGCCGCCCUCCGGCGCCACGGUCGUUGUCGUCGACGGUCCGGGCAGCGGCGGGGUCAACAAGAAGACGCCGCCGCCGCCUCCGCCGCGCACCACGAGCAAGUCACCGGUAACAUCGCCCACGGGCCCACAGCGGAGCCGCUCGGAGCCGGUGCGCACCAACGCGCUGGCCGCGGAGGACGCGAGCAGCAGCAGCAGCGGCAGCAGCGGUGGCCGGCGAGACCAGCUCUCCUCCAACAGCAGCAGCAGUGAGAGCGUCAACUCGCAGGAAGGGCUACAGGCACGCAGCCGACAGGAGCUGCUCGACUCGCGGCAUCAGGAGCUGCUGCGGAAACAGCGCCAGCUGCAAGAGCAGUACGCCCGGCUGCAGCUCCUCCAGCGCCUGUCGCCGCCCAAGCCGGACCUGAAGAAGACCGGCAGCGAGAGCAACAUCCUGCACAAAGCAUCUCUCUCGCUGGGCAGCGCUGGCGGCGCGUCCGGUUCGCUCACCCACCUGGCGGUGCCGUCGUCCGCCCUGCGCACGGGCGCCAAGAUCUACGAGACGGACAUACUGUAGUAAUGCGGCAUUUGGCUUGGCCUUGUGAUGUGUGCGCCCACCAUCUCGGAGGGCUCCCACCACGCGCUAGUCCCGGAGGUCUGUCUCCACUGAUGUCCGGCGGAACGCCGCGGGCCGCAGGUCGUGCGCACGAGGAGGAAUCCCAGCGGUUGAGAUAAUGACAGCGCGCAAGAGUCCCGAUAGUAUCGAUAUCAGUCUUAGACGUUGGCCUACUUUGUACUUUGAAUGUAGCGUUGAGUCGCAAUACCAGCUGAUACCCCUAAUUGACAUUUGUGGAACGUUAGUGGAAAUGCCCUAGCGACAUUUAGCCGUUGGAAGUGUUCUCCAAAGAACAAACGCAAUUGGCAAACAAGUAAUCAUUCAGGCUUUCUUUAGCGUUUGCAACGGCUUAAAAAAAGGACCUUGUUUCAAAGUUCUUUAAAAAGCCAAAAGAAAAAGAUGAGCUGUUUGGUAUCGGUAUCUUUCGCGGUUACAAAGGAUACACCGCGUCUUGAGCUGCAAGCUUAAAAGAAUGGAAACAUAAGGACAACCUGCGGCUCCUUCUCUUGGUGUUUAUUUUCUCCCGUGCACUACGCGCACCUGCGGCCUAGGUGAAGUGCAAUCGAAACACUUGGCUCGGGUGUCUAGACAGGAAGCCUUGCUUUGCGAAAGGGUACGCGCGACGUGCCAGUCUGUUUGUACCGGGAGGUAGCCGCCUCGCGGUAGGAGUAUAGAAGUUCGCGAUGUGUGUUGCGCGGGAAAGCACGUAUUAUGGCUCUAGAGCCGGUGAAAGAGUGGACGAUGUGCAAUGCGCUAGUAGGAAGGGAGUAGAAGGAGGAACGGGCUAACAUUGGGGGAUGCCACGCGACUGCGGACGUGGCUUUUAUUCGGGAGCGUUCGCCGUGCCUCUUCGGAGACAGUGAUCGGCCAACUUAACAACGCGAGACGGUCUUGUUUCGCGUACAUGCAGCCACGAUGCCGAAACUGUCAGCGAUGAGGCGGCCAAGUCCGCACAUCACGUGCUCAGCCUCGGCGUGUUUCUUUUCUUAUGUAGUACAUGCACAAGUGUGGUCAUAACGUGUCCAUUUUCCUCCCGGCCCACAAGAGCUGUGCGUUCACUUGGCAGGGUGAGUGUUUUCGACCACUCUAUUUUAUUCUCUGGCUGAAAAGAAGGAUGUACCGUGUGGCGGAAAAAUUCCGAGGCUUCCAUGGUGGCGCUGUGUGCAGAGUACAGGUUUAGAGGAACCCUCAUUGCUGUUUGACGCUUAUACGUUGUCGAAGUUACGCUGCUCUCUGAGCAGCCCUCUGUGAACGCCGUGCGUGAGUUGUCUGAAGAGAGGAUGCUUGAAGUAAAACAAAAGGAAGCGAACGUACUUCGCCAUGCAUAAUCACUGUUAGUUGCCGUAGUGCUCGCACUUCUGAGAAAAAAAAAACGUUCUGUACACUUUUCUAUUCAUGAACUGCCUCCGGCAGGCCGACAUGUUUGUUAUGUAUGGUGCCGGGCUGGUCGUAUUUUCGCCCCGAUGUAUUCACUAAACACGAAGUUUGGCAGUGGUCUGAGAUGUCAAAACUCCCGUUGUGUUCACCACUUAUUAUACAAGUCCCUGCAUUGCUUUCAUCUACUCUACCAACCUUGUCGGAAAACCUUAACCCAACACUUUGUCCGGUGUUUUGACGCUUUUAUUGUCUUCUUGAGAACGUUCGCGUUAUUUGUGCGGACUGCAGUACAGGAGUGGCCACCAUAUGUGGAAGUUUAUCUCAUACAAACUGGAUGAUAUUUGGAAUCUUUUGAAGAGUACAUCGUGCUCGUAGUUUGUCACCGCUAAUCAUUCACUUAUACUUUACGUUGACUUGAAGUGAUCAGGUCCUUGCAGGUGACCUAAUGCAUUCACUCUGUUUCCAGUCUUUGUUGCCUUUUGAAGCACUGAAUAUCACAUGUGUUGCCCUGUAAUCAAACGCCUACUUCGCAGCGUGAUAACUUAUGGAUUUUUUGUACACCCAAUUGCAUAUUUCAUAGGAUAACGUUAAUCAAUAAUUUUUUUUUGGCUGAAGAAGAAAAGUGAACUUUAAACUAAUUUUAUUUUUUGAGCUUCAUAACUUUCGUUCUUUUUUUUGCCACACAGCUACGACACGUUCUACGAACUAAAAUUACUGUGCAGCCCUACUUCAUUCAGUAUUUAGAUAAACUUGCCUGCUACUAGCUGCAACCUCAUAUAAGAAAAUGAAUAACCCAUUUCGUUUACGUCAUUGAAAGAGAAGUGCAUAUUACUUUUUGUUAGUUAUAAGUUGCUCAAAUAUGGGCUCACAGUUCAGCCGGACAUAUUCGCCAAAAUCAGAUGCGUCACCAAGUGCGGCGUUCCACGGGCAUGUACCUUGCGCUGCCGGUAAUCAAGAAUUUUCUUCAGUAAAAAAAAGAGUAUGUAUGCCCGACACAGGGACAGAGCUGAGCAUCCCUGCUGCAAUAUGUCCAUCCUGCAGCUUAGAUACGCGUGCUAAAAAUUGAGAAUAUUUACAGGAGUAGCACUUCUUAUCGAUCCGCUCCUGAAUGCCAUUGACUGUUGCAUAUGCUGAAAUACAUGCUGCAUGACAUUCUUCAAUGCACUGAAGAUACCCAGCGCAGAAACAAUAACACUACACCGAAAAGAUUCGCACAUCAAAUACUUUUAGAGAUCCACGGGUAAAAUGUAAAUGUUGUUCGCUGGUAGACGAUGUUCCGCGAAAUGGUGUCCACCGCGGUAAGCUGUCCUUCCGCGACCCUGCAGUGUGGAACAUUGGUUGUUACGAUGAAAAUGGUUUCACGUUACAGAACAUUCACGCAUGUUGCCCGCAGUAUCUUUGCUGUCUCAAAAAGCGUCAAUGUGCGAAAAAAAAACGCAACGGUUAGGAAAGACUAAUAACAUUGAAGUCCAUCUGUUAUGCUGUGUUCACUCCAUCUCUAUCUCGAGACACACUCUGUGGUGUGCUAUAAUACGGUACCACUCCCCGGCUUUAUUACUCUCGUUCGCGUAGAGUUUCUUUGCAGUUUGCACGCCAUAAAGUCGUGCGUGCGUAUUCGCUCUGCAUACGCAAAAUAAAUAUGUAUUCAGCAAACCCAUCUACACCAUCUCGUGUUUCCACAAGUACCUGCCUACCGUCCCCUACCUGGAUACUGUUUGCAUUAAUGUGCAUAGACUCCCACGACCUUAGCUCCCCCGCCGGAAAAUAGUUGUUCUGAAAGUUUCCUUCUUACUCUAGCGCGUGUUGUUACAUGAUUAUAUGCUUCUGACAUGACGGCGAGGGUAUGUUCUAUGUGGUGCAUUGCGGAGCAGCGCCACACCUGUCGUCUUGUCGUAAAGUGUGUUUACUAGGAAUGCCUGUUGGCUGUCUUCGCAGUUACGCUUUUCGCCGAUUUUUAAGGAAGACCAAACGAAUGAUCAAAUAUCGUAGUUGGCGCAUGAUACUCGUAAGCUGUCCUAAAUGUGCAUGUGGAACAAAAACCAUGCUCUUUAGGACUUACUGCGUGAUGUUUAUGGUCCGGCGCAUAUUGCCACGAAGGCCAGUAAGUUAAUAAAUUUCUACAUUUUCACAUUAUGCUGGCCCUCACUUAUGAGUUCUUCACCAUCUGUUUUGCCAUUUAUCGCGCACUGUUUGGUGCAGAAUUUCACACAUGGAUGUGCUUGCUGUUGUAUUGGAGAGAAUGGCUCGUACAGGGGCUUUGCGGACGUUAAAGCAGUCACGCGACUAUAAUGUGUACAAGUACUGCAAAGGUUUAACACAGCGUGUGACAAGUGCAGUAGGGUAGUUAAUCGCUUAACGUGAGCUGUCUUUUUACGUUUAUGACGCAUUCACAGCACGUUAAUAUCACCAAAAAGUUGUUCUCAAUAUUAUUCUCGAACCAACAAUAAAGUCGGCGUGCAUAUGAUUGCGAAAGAGAUGGCAUGAGAACGUUCCCGGUUAUGAAGUAAAUAUGUAAAUGCUUUCAUACUAAUGUAAUUAUUUUCCUUCUCACCCCAGAUUACUACAACAAAAUUCUCUUUACUUUCGCAACAAGGGCAGUUGUUUUUGUGGCCACAGAGCUGUUUAUUAGCCUGCGAAACAAGAACGAAAAACUUUGCAACGUCAUUGCGAGCAUCACUGUGAAGAGACGUGAUCUUUGAUGUGAGCAAUGCCUACGGUGGUAUUUGAAUUUACGAAUGUGCUGUUUUCAUCUUUUAAAUGAAGAUGGCAUAUAGGUUACUCACCUUUUAGCGCAUAUAUGCACCCUUGGUGGUUUGCUAAGCGUUGACCGUGUUUCCAUUACGUGGUAUUUUUCAGCUGUGUGCAUUAAUUAUUACAAGGCUAUAGUGAGUGAAUGAAGCCUUACCUUGCCGUUCCAUUCGUUGUCUGCUUAUAGCACCUCUUAAUUUUUCUAAGUACCUGUGUGUUCACACGUAUAUGCGAUGUGCUAAGGAUUUUUCUGCAUAUAUUGCACACCACCUACUUACGGGGCGACCAUUAUUAAUUUUUUUUUUUUUUUGCACUGGAGAGGUCCCCGAUCUACGCUGCAGAUUUCAUACAAAAAUACAUUGACCCUUUAUCAUCGUUUCAUGAGCCUCCGUUAUAUCCUCGAGUUGUUGUUUCCUGUACAUUGAAUGUGGCAUGGUCGUGGAGUUCCUUUGUUAUAUCACAGAAGCUUCUGGCAUCCAGGGUUUCCUGACAAUCUCGAGCAAUAAGUUAUAAAAGUAGUUUAUUUGGCCGAUUGAAGGUGAGAGUGUCGCUCAAAGCAUUUUUCACGCAUUCUUCAUCUUGAAGGAAAUGCGAGGAGCAUACAUCAUGUGGUAUCAUGCGUAGUAAUCUCAUUCUUAUGUUGUGAGUUGCCGAAUCGAUGAAUUUGAAGUGGCUUCAAAGCUCCGUAAUUUUAUGAAAUUAAAUAAACGUGUUUCAGUAUAAGCACUCUAGUCGGCAGAAGAAACGGUGCAUAUUGAGGGCGCAACGAAAAUUUCUGUUUGACUAGACAUCUGAAGCCUUAAUUAGAAUUAUCAGUGUUGAUUUCAUUCGCAUUAAAAUGGGUGACAAGCAUGCCACUUACCUAGUUUUACUUGUCAAAUACUUCUGCUGCUUCAUAAAUGUAGCUACUGUUGACCAAACAGUGAUGGCGACGAUAUUGUAUCAUUAUGUGCUCGUUUACCAUUGUGUUAAAUGUAAGCGCUUGUAACAGCGCACGCAACAUUCACAAAGAGAGGCUAACAUUUAAAUACUUAUGGCUGUGUGUACAUACACGUGUACCUCUAUCCAUUUUUUCUCGUGUGUAACUAGUUGGCGCGAUUUUCGGAUACCUAUCCCCUUGGGGGAAUCGGCCGCGCUGAAGCGUUAUUUUUAGACUUGAAAUGCAAUGAAAGGAGAUUCGUUCGUAUGGCCUACGCUGGUGACGUUUCUAUUAUCUUACUCGUCUCAGGUGCUCUUUGACUUGUUAUAGUCGCUACCGUAUUCAGUAUACAGCGUGGACUCGUGUUUUCUUUGAUAUCGAUUGAUCACUGACCGCGGAUUAGAAGUGUAACAUAAGUAUGUUGUGAAUUUUGUCAAAAAUAAAAAGUCGUGUCUU